GAGGAGAUAAAAAUAAAAUACAGCCAAGGAUAUCACCUACACGAAGACCAUUACAAAAUAACCUCCAAAAAAAACUGGAAGGAUAUAGUGUGAAAAGGAAGAAAUGGUGCUGCCGCUUGGCAACGAAAAACAACCCGAAAAGGAAAGGAAACAAACAAGCUAACCUCAAACACAGCCUAGAUGUGUCAUAGUUCAAACAGAGACCGAUAGUGAACAAUCGUAAAACUCGUUCUAAAGUGUUCAAAAAUAAACUCCCUAAAGUGCUCAAUAGUAGUUGAAGAAACAAUUUCUACAAUCGUAUCGACUUUUUCCACUCAAAACACCGGCCAAAUUGCUCUCGAGAAACGGCUACGGUCUCACCUUUGAUGAGUCUUCUUCGGUCGAUGCCGGACGGUUAGUGCAGCCUUUUUCUAAGCAUCCCAGCCCCAGCGAAACCGGUAAAAGCGAGCGGUUCGGACUCGCUCUGGUUUUUGUGUGUUUUGUUUUUAUCGUCCCCGGAAUCGGAACCGAACUGUGAAUCCGGCAGAGUUCUAGCGAAACGAGAUAUAUAUACAUCCCCGUAACGGACACAACAGGGUCUGUUAACGCUUUAAACCCGAGCGACGAGCGACAAAUCACAAAAGCUUGCCACCGGAGCAGCAGCAGCAGCGUGCCACGAUGGGUGAAACCGACGAGAAGGAAACCGCACCGGCGGCAACGACAAACGAUACGACCAAACCGGAAACGCCGCAACCAACCGCCGACGGGCCCGAGGUAGAGGCGAAGGAGACGGAAAAGCUGCUGCCGGAGCCGGAACCGAAACGUUCGCCCGUCGCGCAGGCAGGAAACCCCCAAUCGAAGGCAGCGAGCAGUGAGAAUGUGGCCAAUGGGGAGGAAAUCAUCAACAUACCGGAGGAGGCACUAGCAGAUGGUGCGGACAAGGACGGUAAGAAGGACGCCGCCGCGACGGAGCAAGAACCGACCGAAACUGGCAAGCCGGACAAACCGAACAAGGUGCAGGCGGAGGAGCGCGAGGUAAAGCCGAAGAAGGUGCCGGCCGGUGCGUUCAAGCUACCCGGCUUCUUCAACAAGAACAAGGACAAACCGAAGGAGGCGGACGGCGCGGACAACGAGCUGCUGGAGAAGCACGGCGGUGAGAAUGGCGGAGAGGCUAAGGAGAAGACGGCAGCCGAGGAGGGUAAGCCGGGCGAGGAGAAACCGAAGCGCACCGGUGGGUUCUUUGCCAACCUGAAGCUGCGCAAUCCAUUCGCCAAGAAACCGGCCGCGGCGGACGCGACCGGAGAAGCGGCUGCGGACAAGGAGGCUGGUGAAGAGGAGGAAAAGGAUGAGGUGACGGCCGAAGCAACGGAUAAGCCGGCAGACGCGGAAGCAGCCGGAGAUGCGACUGAGGAGAAGAAACCGGCGGCAGAAGGCGACGAACCCGAAGUACAGGCACCGAAGAAGGGAUUGCUGGAGGCGCUGCGCGUUCCGCUCGCGAGCAUCAUCCCCAAACGAUUCAAACCGGUGCCAGGCGGCGAACCCGACGAUGACAUUGAGCUGGGCAAAACGCCGAAGAACCGGGCCGGACUGGCGUCGAUGGAAACGCUGGACGAUUCGCUGAAGGAUGCGGACACGAAGGACACGGUGGAUGCGAAGGGAGCGAAUGGGACGGACGGUGAGGCGCUGGUGAAGCCGGACGAUAAGGAGGCGAAGGAUAAGGCGGCCGAAGCGGAGGAGGACGCACAGGAGCGUAGUUUGCUGCAGCGGGUGCAGUCCUACCGGUGCUCAGUCGAUGACAUCGCCAUCAUUGCCGGUGUGGUAAUCUUCCUGAUCCUGGUCGCACUGAUCAUUGCCUUCACGUUCGUGGGCAAGAGUGAACCAAUCACCGCGCCCGUGCGCGACGGCAAGUACAUCGAAACCGUGACAAACUGUGGCCGCGUCGAGGGCAUACUGGAGGAUGGGUCGUUCGCGUUCCGUGGCAUCCCGUACGCGGUACCCCCGGUCGGUCCAAACCGCUGGAAGGCGGCCCAACCGAUCGAAAGCAUCGAAAACUGCUGGAACGGUACGCUGAAGGCACACAACUCGACGCCCGUCUGCUGGCAGAUCUACGCCGACGGUAAGGUGGACGGUGCCGAGGACUGUCUCACGCUGGACGUCAUCACACCGCACGUACGGUACGACAAUCCGCUGCCAGUGGUGGUGCUGGUCGGUGCCGAAUCGUUCACCGGUGACUCACCCGGCAAGUUGCGCCCAUCGACACGCUACGCCCGCGCUCGCGAUGUCAUCUUCGUGCGGCCCAACUUCCGGCUCAAUGUGUUUGGUUUUCUCGCGCUGGAGCAGCUCACGAAGAGCACUCACCCGCCGACCUCGGGCAAUUACGGGCUGACCGAUCUGAUCGUCGCGCUCAAGUGGAUUCAGCUGAACAUCCCGCACUUUGGCGGUGAUCCCAAGUCGGUGACGCUGUUCGGACAUCGGGCCGGCGGUACGAUCGUGACGGCGCUGGCCUCGUCCAACAAGACGAGCAAGCUGUUUGCCCGCACCUGGAUCUCGUCCGGUGCCGCCAUCUUCCCGGGCAACCCGCUGGCCGAAUCGGAGAAGGAGAACGCGCUGUACAUGAGCAAGAUUCGCUGCGAGGAUAGCAACUGCCUGAUGGAGAAGGAGGAUGAGGAGAUUCUGGACGCGGUGCCGGACGUGUGGCGUCGUACGUUCCCGGAUCUGCCGGCCGCGGACGAGAAUGCAACGGCCCGGCACGAGUGGCUGGUGCUGGACGGUAACAUCAUGCAGCAGCAUCCGGCCGACGUGUGGAGUGCGGACGUGUCGAACAGCGUGCGGUACGUGAUCGGGUCGACGACGCACGAAGCGCACAACACGAAGCUGCACCUGAAGUACACCGAAUGGACGCCGGAGCUGGUGACGCGCCACGUCAACGAGAGUGUGGUGGGCCGGUUGGGCCUUACGGAGGAAGCGCUGCGUCGGUACAACGCCACAUACCAAGGGCUGGUGGCGAUGGUGUCCGACAUCCGCACGAUCUGUCCGCUGCUGACGAUCACGCAGAAGCUGCAGAGCUCCCAGUUCUACGUCGUGUCGCAGACGGGCGGUGAGCUGGGCAUUGCCGACGUCGACUCGGACGUGCAGGCCAUCCUGGGCCGGUACGAGCCGAAGACGCCCGAGCAGCGGCGGUAUGUGUCCGCGAUCCAGCAGCUGUUCUACCAUUACGUCUCGCACGGUGAGAUCAAGCACGAGCUGCGGAAAAAGCUGCUCGACAUUGGGCAGGACGCGCUGCCCACGUACAACACCGACAACUGCCUAUUCUGGAUCAAGAACGAUGUUGUGCCGCGUUACGCACGGUUAGAUUAAGGCGAAAGGCACCUGAGGGGCGUGUAAGCUGACCAAAAAACAUAAAGAAUCAACGACUAAAUGCGGUAUUGCGGGAAGAUUACACUGUCAUGCUGUCAUUUUGUACUACGGACUGGAUGGCAUUUUUUUUUGGAGCGUACGAGACGGAACAGUUCUGCUCGCAGAUAAGACAGAAACUCUCGCGGAUAUUAUGAACUCUAUACAAUCUUUGAGACGCCAGAUGACCAGUUAUACACUACUAUACAGUUAUACAAGUAGAAUAAUAAUCGUGUAGUCGAGAUCAUAUGAGACCAGACCAGGUGCUGCGUCAGUAUUGCGGUGGGCGCGCGCGCGUUACAGUAACUUACUUGCCAAAAGCGGGUCCACCAAUCCAGCAUCCGAUUCAGCUCAAACAAAUGAAGGUUAAAUGUACCGUGGAGCGAGUUUUCAUCGCAACGGAUUGCCACUUUUUUCGUGACAGUGUUUAAUAGGUAGCGCUUCUUUUUUUGUAGCAGCUAGAUAGCAGAUGGUAAUUCCAUUUUUCUAUUACCACCUUUGACGAGGGCAUUAGGAUAGCACACUUUGUACGUGCGUCCUUCUCCCCUCAACCCUAUGAGCUAAAGCGUUUAUAGUGAAGGAGCAGCAAGCGGGCAAAUUUUGAUAAAAAACAUUUUUUCUCCCCCCAUAUGAUAUCUUGUGGCGUUCCACUGAUAAGGAAAUUAGUUGUAGCUGUGUUAGUUGUGGUAAGCGACAGUAUUCUAAACCCUGGAUAUGUUACACCAACAACAGACUCUUCUCAUCCAUUAGAACUCAUCCAUUGUUAGUUGUGGUAAGCGACAGUAUUCUAAACCCUGGAUAUGUUACACCAACAACAGACGCUUCUCAUCCAUUAGAACACACCUUUCAUAUACCUCCCGAUGAUCGCUCAACGAUCGUUCGAGGAAGAUUUCAACUACUGCUCGUAGCUUUCAAAACAUUGAAUUCAGACAAAUUACGCUUUUAAAAUAAUGUUCUACUCAAUCUCCGCUCUGUUAUAUUCGUACACUCGGUAUUAGGCAUGUAAGAGCAAUCGCUUCGCGCGCAGAACCGGGUUUGACAAGCCUGGCAACAUUCGUUCCGUUUCCCUUCUCUCUCUAUCGCUUCGAGUAUAAUUUAUUUAGUUUUGGUACUAGUACUAGAAUAUGUUUCCUUUUAUCAUCCUACCCUACCCCACCCUACCCACUUACAUAGCUUCGCCAAUUGCUUACAACACAACAAAAACGAGCCUUUUUAUAGAAAAAGCGAAGUAACGGUCUGCUAGAGAAAGGCUGUUUUAAUUUAUAUUGCAUAAAACAAACACGUAAUAACAUGUUCAAUUUAUACAACUAGCGCGUGUCGCGCAUUGAAAAGAACCAAGAAGAAUUUCCCAUUUUUUAACAAAUCGCAAACCCUUUUUGCUAGUGUAUUGAAAGCGGAGGACAGUGGAAAAGAAGCUGUGCAUUGGGGGAGACGAUCGUAGCAAAUAGUGAACGAUGAUGUUGAAGCAGAACUAAUAAUAAUAAUAUAAUAAUACGAAAGAGGGAGUUAAAAGGAUACAAACAAACAUACAUUACAUACAAAACAAAGCAAAUUGUGUAAACUAUCGCAACAAAGCCGAAAGAGAGACAUAGGUGUAGUGUACUGAUGAUCAGUGCCGGAUCGGGCAGGACACUUGACGAGAGGGUGACCCGAUCCGAAUGUGAUUAGAUAACUAGAACAAAAGAGAACAGAACAGAGUGCAGAGGAAGCGGUGGCAGCAGUGGUAUUAGUGAGCGUAAUUUUAGCCUGAAGAAACUUCUCCCUUUUCCUCCCUUCUUUACUGCAACAGACAGCAUCCUAUACCGUCGUGUAUUUGUUGUAAUUUAUAUUCUAUUUGGUAGGUUUUAAUUACGAUAUAAAUAUAUGUGUAUGUACGUACUCUAGUUUAUGGGCUCACAUUUGAAAUCGGAGGCAGAGAGAAUACAUGCGCAAUUUUCCCUUCGUAUCCUCCACUGAUGAUCGCUUGCGUAUAUGUAUAUGUUUAUAUGCUAAAAGAAGAAUUGCUUGCCCUUGCACACAUUGUUCUGUUUUUUUCUUCUUCUUUUCGCUUCUUUUUAACAUUUCGUCCAUUCUACUAAGCUAGCAAUGUGUUCCCUGCUUUUUUUUUCGUCUAUAAAAUCUACCAAACGCAAAGAAAAUAAUUUUAAACCUUUAAAGCCUCGAGUCAGAACGGUGUUUCGCGUGUAAAUGUUACACCACACUAGACACUAGAACUAUAAUUAAUUUUAAUGCAAAACGAUUGCAAACCGUGUGGCGAAACAACAACAAUACUCACAUACAUACAUACAACAAUCCUGCUGCAUUUACUUGAGUUGUUUGCGUCACUCUCAAAGCAAGAGAGAGAGAAAAAGAGCAAAAGAGAAGAGGACACAAGAGAUGGAAGAACAUAAUUUGGGUGUACACUUAUGCCCUUCUGAUCGUACUACAAACUACAAAGUCUCCUCCUUUUUAUCCAUUUAUACCAACAAACGUAUUUUUUUCUACUUUGUUUUCCCUUUUCUAAGUUCUCAAAUCCCUAAAUCCAUAUACGUUUCAGCAUGAUACAGUAAAAAAAAAA